CAAUUGAAACAAGACCAUAAUUUAAAUACGACAACAACGAAACGAAAGAUGUUUAUAAAUACUUUAAAAUGGGGAUAGGUUGUGAGCAACAAGGUAACAGUCGCGUGUCUGCCAUCGUUUCGACAAUAAUGUGAACACUUUGAACAUCGUUGAAAUGCACCAGAUAUGUUCAUCUGCCUCUAUAAAAACACAUUCAACACGAGAGCUACAACGUCUUGGUGGCAAUGGGCGGUAAUUCUGGCUUUCAUUCUUUUUCUUUACACUUUGUUCGUGUCCGUAUUUCUUCCAGUCUGCAUUUACGACAUGAAAGAAACUAGAUUCUUUAAAAUCGAAAUGCUCGAAGAUUCUUCUGAAACUCGUCAAACGCAACAAAUUAUGAUUGACGAACUACGUUCGAACAACACAAAACUAUUGAAAGAAAUUAAGAAACUCCAGGUAACGGUCGGCAUACACGAGAGACUGGAAAGAGUAACGGAAAAAGAUUGGUCGUUGGCGACCGUGGGCAACAAACGACAUCAAAAUGUCCUCAUCACUUCCAUACCAAACUCGGGCGAGUUGUUCUUCGGAGAUUUCUUCAAUCACCAUCGUGACGUGUUUUACUUGUUUGAGCCAUUUCAUUCGCUUGAAUAUUUCAAAGAAAACAGACACCCAAAGGAGUACACGGCACUCUUAGUGAGUUUCCUGCAAGGAAUACUUGCCUGCAACUUCGAACGUUUCAAUUUUACGCGAAAUUUGUCGCUUCAUUACAGAGCGCUAAUUCACCGACUGGCAAGUCGUGAACUCUCCGAUCCUCCACUUUGCCCACGAGUAGAAAAAGGCCACUACUACAACAUAAGAUAUUGUACGAAGAUUCAAUCCCCAACACUGACCGCAAUUUGUAAACUGCAUAGUCAUACAGUGGUCAAAACGACCCAAAUGACGAAUAUUGAAACGUUAAUACGAAUGAACAGCAACAUGCUGAGCGCCAAGCGCAUCUUGGAGCUUGUGCGUGACCCACGCGCGAUUUUGUACACGCGCUCGAAAACCAUGGAAAACGCAAGCGAUUAUUGGUUUGCUGAAGAGGCGAGAAAAAUUUGUCGGCAACAAUGGAAGAACAGAGAGUUCGUGGAAAAAUACAAAAGCAAUGGAGAAGCUAUUUCUUUUACGUUAGUCAAAUACGAGGAUCUCGUUACCAGUCCUUUUGAGGUAUUCGACAAUCUAUGCCGUGAUUUGGGUUUGCCUAAAAGUAAGCAUGCCAGAUCAUGGCUAAGAGAUGCUAUCACCAAAGGCUUCGAAUGGCCUGCAUCCGUGGAAGAGAUGGAAACGGGGAUAUAUUCGAAAACGAGGCAAAACCUCACGCAUAGUUUGUCAGAAUGGAGUACAGGUCUGAGUAUGAAACAGGUCAGGACGAUAGAAAAGAAAUGUAGGUCAACAAUGAAGAAAUUAGGUUAUGAAGAGCACCACAAAACUUAGUCUGAUAGAAUGAUUAAAAUUGGCGUAGAUAGCAUCGGCAUUUGGGGAAGGGAGAGGCAAUUGUCACGUAUGCAUAUUAUAAACUGCAGAAAACAACUAUUUUCAAUUGAACUUAUUAGUGCAAAGGUUCUAACAACUUCUGCCUUUUCGACUUAUAAUUUAAGCCAACCACGUUUGUACAAUUUUAAUUUAUUUAUAAUAACAAUAUACUCUUACUGCAUGUUUAAUGUUUAUACGUAAGUUGAAUGGAACAUAAACAAACGCAUCCAAGGGCUUCUAAUGACAAUCAAUUGAAUUUUGAAAUAUAUAAGCCUUUUGACAAAACAAAGUUUUUGCAAUAAUAACAAUUGAUCUUUUGUAUAGUCAAGUAUGGCCCGUUUCAACACUCUAUGGAUUUGCACUCUAUCAAUGAAAUCUUGAAAAUAGACUCGGCAUAUUGUACAAAGUGAACAAAUAGAAUUUAACUCGGUCAAGUA